UGUUAAGCUGUCAUUUAUAUAAUAAUAAAUAUAAAAAAUGCCGGCGCAGCAAAAACAAACGUUUCUUUCAAGAAAUCUUGUGGCCGUGGUUAUGGUACCCACCCUAAUUGGGAUACACUUUGGCUGGAAAAUGCUGCAGGACAACCGCAAGCUGGUAGCUGAGCAUGAGAAAAUCGACAUGCCGCCAAUAACACUUGCGAAGGCAUUGUGGAAAAGAUUAACAGGUGGCGCACCAGCAGAGAUUACAAAAGAAGAGUGAUAUAAAAUAAUAAUUGUUUCUCUUAC